AUCACCGAGCAGGAGUUGACCGACUUUGUGCACUACGCCCAAUACGCCGGAGUGGCGUACUGUGAUCCUGUAGCGGGCAGACGUGUCUACUGCAAGGGCGACAUCUGCCCAGCAGGAAACCAUAGCAACGCGACUAUCCACUCGGUCUUUCACGGCGUCGAGACCGACAUCCUCGGGUUCAUCGCCAUCGACUCCACAGCUCGCGAGAUCACCCUCUCGGUCCGCGGCUCGACGUCCCUCAUCAACUGGCUGGCCGACGUCAUCUGGGCGCGCGAGCCCACGGACAUGUGCGACGGCUGCUGGGCGCACCUGGGCUUCCUGUUCGCCUACAGCGAGGUGGUGGACGCGGUGGACGCCUCGGUGGCGGCGGCGACGCGGCUGUUCCCGAGCUACAGGCUGGCGGUGACGGGCCACUCGCUCGGCGCCAGCGUGGCCACGCUGCUGGGCAUGCACCUCCGGGACGCCGGGUACGCGCUGGACCUGUACACGUACGGCUCGCCGCGGGUGGGCAACAGGGCGCUGGCGGCGCACGUCACGCGGCAGCCGGGCAGGGAGUUCCGCCUGACGCACGACGCGGAUGUGGUUACGCGCCUGCCGCCUAUCAAUCGAGACUUUCGACAUACUUCGCCCGAGUACUGGCUGAGCCCCGGCCCCAGCUUCCGGACGAGCUAUGACGCGGGGGAGGUCGAGGUGUGCAGGGGGUAUGCGAAUGUGGACUGUGCUGCGGGGGCGCCGUGGUGGAUGAUUGAUGUUAAUAGUCAUUUGUUUUAUCUUGUGGACAUUACCAGCUGUGGGGAGGACGAGGCGAGG